GUGUGUACACAGUACAUGUGUAUCGUGUGUGCCUUUUUCCGCAAAAAACACUGAAGUUUUCCAUCAAAUACUCCAAAUCUGAUAUUCAAACUUGUUUUGAAAUUGUCAUAAGUUGAGUUCCUAGGUCUAGCAUUGCCAAAAUGAGGAAGAUUCGUCUUUGUGAGGAAGACUUUGGGAUGUUUGAUGAUGAGAUCUCGCCGUCUUCCUAUGAAUACUUCCUGAAGCAUAAAGAUGCCUUCAAGAGAAUGUGGCAAGAUCAGGGACGCAAGUUCUGGUCGAGGUUUCUGUUUUGUUUCAAGACGUUUACUCUGACACAUGGCGCUAUGAAGGAUUUCCCUGCGAAACCUGAGCACUAUGAAGGCAUAGUGGAUGAGCUGUUCAAGUACAUUUAUGCUGAGUUUGUCAAAGGGAAAUAUAGCCAAGCAAAGAACCUAGUUAUGGAUGUAGUGGUUGUGGCACAAAGUAGGCAUCUGAUCCCACAUUUAGAAUCAAGAUCCUUUGCCAAGGAUCCGUUUUAUCACAAGGAGACCCGAGAAGUUUAUCGCCGCCUGUUUGGACCCCCAGGAGAGAAAGAAUCCCUGCUGAAGGUUUACUUCUUUCUUUCCCUGUAUCUUAAAUUUGGUGGAUCUGUAGUGGAGUGUCUGCGGCAGUGGGUAGGAGCAGAUUUAUGUGCAUCAGAUGAUGACAUGUACUUGCAUGGACCUAAUAUGGAAACCUCCAAUUCACCGCCUGUUGUUAAAAAAACUAUUUCAAAACCAGAUAUUAUCAGCAUUCUCUCGGAAUCUUUUUAUUUGAGAGAGGAUGGUGAGAAAAUGUUUCAUGCUGAGCUGAAUUAUGGCGAUACCAAGGGCCCGAAAUUUAUCUUGGAAUGGGCGUACGGAGAUCCACGUAUUUUCGAGAAUUCUGAAAAUCCACUCUAUGAUAAGGAUUGUGACAGGACUGAAGAUUGGCGCACGGGUCUGAAUAAGUUGAUGUAUAUGAGGUUCUUGAUCUUCGCAAAAAAUUAUUUGAAGAAAACAGAAACUGAGGCGGAGUCGUAUGUCCGAAUGAUGACCCGAGGACAGGAGGAUGUAUCUCUGAAUGGGAUUGAUAUGAAACCAAAACAGAGAGUGAAGACUGAGGAUUUAAAGGUGAAAGGUUCCAGUGAUGUGAAACCGAAGAGUGCAACUGUGCAAAAGAAUGCCCAGGUAAAACCAAUGGAUGGUACGAAGCCAAAAGCUGCGCCAGUCAAUGGUAGAGCUAGCCCGUGUGGUUCGAAGGAAUGUCUUCACAGGUCAAAUUCUGGUAACUCAGAUGGUACAAGGCGAGGAUCUCCAUCAGUCAUUGUCAAGGAAAGAGAAGGUGAAUGCUGUUCUUCAAAGAAUUGUGUUUAUAGGAAGAAAUCGGAUGCAUCAGUGGGCACAGGUACCUCCGCAGAUGCCACAAAGUGUAGAUCACCACCAGUCGUUGUUAAAGGGAGGGAAGGAGAGUGCUGUUCUUCUAAGAACUGUGUUUACCGAACAAAGUCAGAUGUGUCGACUGCCGCUGAGAAGUCACCACUAGGUAUGAUGGGAAGAAAAGGCAUACCAGUUGCCAGUGGUAAAGAAAGUGUAGUACACGCUUCUCUGGGGACAGAACCGCAUGAGAGUGCUGUGCCAAAAAACCCUGUGGGUAAGUCUCAGUCGGCUGCAGUCCAAGCUGGGACUAUGAAGAAGAAUGCCUCCACCCAAUGUGGGCCAGAACCGAAGCAAGUGAAGAAACUUGGAGGAGACAGUGGAAGCAAGGGACCUGACUGUCGUCACAAAGUCGAUGCAAGCGGAGACAAACCAGCUGAGAAAGGGUGUAAACCGAAAGAGUUCAAGUGCACUUGUCCAAAGUCAGCUAAGCCGAAUACCAAAUCUGGGGAUUCUUCCAAGUCCAGUGAAAGAGCUCCAUGGGAUAAGGAUUACAAGCUGGCCCUUGAGGAUAUUUGGAAGUUCAAGAAUAAAACUGCAAAUAAGAAGUCAAAGGGCAAGGGCCUCCAAAGUGAUCUUCCAAAUCCGCAUGAAAUUUCUUACGAAGAGGAAAUGUCUUUGUUGGAGUUGUGUGAAAAGGCAAAAUUUGAAGAGUAUGCACUAGAUAAGUCCAUGCGUAGUUUACUGCCAGAUAAGCUUGUGCCAGACGACUUCAAAAUCGUCCACGCUGAGUUUUUGCAGUCCAACUCCAAGAAGAUUGAGAAGCGUGUGAAACUCAUCGCAGUCAGUCAGGAGGGCAUGAAUGGCAAGGACUUGAAACAGCUGACGUAUACAAUAUCAUUUCCCAAGCUUAAAUUUGGCGCUAAACCAUCUCAGCCAGAGGUUCGGGUUGAUGGAGGCAUAAUGACCAUUUCUGGACCUCGAGAUGAUGGUGAUAAAGAUGGUGAUUUUGAUGAUCUGGAUAUGGCAUCUGCAACCGUUGAAGUCAAACCACAUGUGAAACCGGAAGCAACAGAGAAAAAAGAUCUGAAACCAGCAAGCAAGACUUUCCCCACUGCAAAGAAGACUUCUGCGAAAAUGAAAGAAAAGUUCGAAUAUCCAGAGAAAUUCUACAUUGAUGGCGGGAGUAUGCAUGAUGUGCCCAUGGACGAUGGUUUUGACUUUGAAGGGGCGACUGGCGGGGACUUUGUGAUCAAUGAGAUGGUUCAUGUUGGAAAAAAUUGUCGGAUCUGCACCACGUGCUUGAGACCUGAACCAAAACCGAAGACUUACAAGAAAUGCCAGAAGUGCAAAGACCUGAAUGUGAGUAAGCCAAGGUACUACUGUGGUCGUGAAUGUCAAGCUAUCGAUUGGCGAGAUCGUCACAAGAGGGAGCACCGGGAAGGAUUGCUUAUCUAAAAUGACGACAAAUCAAAGGAAUUCGGUAACCUGCAAGAAAAGGGACUAUCGAUGUCGCAAAAUACCCUCGGCCAGAUCUUUUUAUGUUGUUAGAAAAUGUGGACGAUUGCCAGUGUACCUCUAGUGAAUGUGUUCUCUCAAUCUCUGCUUGUCUCAUUUUACAAAUUUUGGGAAUCUCCUUUAGAAUAUAAAUGCCAAUUUCACAGUAUCUGCAUGCACUAGGAUAUUUUCUGGUGCAGGAAACUAUUUUAUGUGUUCUGCUUCCUAGCAUGGUCUUUAACAGUAUUAUUGUAGCUUAGAAUUCACCAGCAUUUGAUUUCUAUUGAACCUUUGAGUUAUACAUUAUACAUGUAUGGUCACUGCAAGAUGGCCAUUUCCAUUGUGGCAGGAACCGCACGUGAUGAGAUUGAAGUUUCUUUAACUUUCUGUUUCUAGUGCCAUUUUGAAGCAUUUUAAGCAUAUCAAGUAUUUUGUAGUUAAAUAAGAGUAUUGUAUUCUAUAGUUGUAGCAGUAUUCUAAAACAGUCCAGACACAAGGAACAUAAAAUAAGCAGACUUGUACAGCAAUGAAAGAUAGCAGUCACUCCGAAACCUCUUCCAGACACCAAUUCAGUUUGUUCGACUAUUGUCUAUUCAAUUGUUCUUCUUCGAUAGUUUGUGUGACCUUUUGUGAGUAGAUGUUUUUCUAAUGGAGACUAUUACUGUAAAGUUUGCCAGGGGCUGUUGCGACUUUCAAGAUGGCGGGACUGUUUAUUAUUAGGGACUGCUUUAUGUUUCGGGCAGUCUCAUUAGCUCUCAACUUGAGUUAAAACAUGAGAAGUCUUCUGUAAGGAAUGGACAAUUCUCGUUUUGUAUUUACAUGUACCUCAAUUUUAUUUUUACUGUCAUCUUAAAUACAUCUUGAUGAAUAAACAGGUGUAAUUCAAAGA